GGACUGCUGGCACUUGUGCCUCAAUUGCCCGCGCUUCUCCCCCCCGCUGAUCCUUUAAACAUCCAAGCCAUCCCCGCUCCCUCAUACUAAAUGCCUCCCUUCUUUUCUUACACCACCCUCCCCUAUCAACUCACGAAGAGCCCCUACCCGAUGCGCAAUUUCCCCGAGUACCUGGUGGAGCUGGAGGAUGUGAAGCCGUUGCCGCAAGUUGAGGAGGACGCGUGGGAAUUGCACCGUGCGCUGUAUCGAUCGGUGGUGCUGGGCAUGUUCCGGUUUGCCGUGUCGUAUGACGAUCACAACAUCGUCGAGAACCUACACGUGUACUACGUCAUCUCGCGACCCAAGCCGGAGAAGAAGGAGGGCAUGAUGGCAUUAUACCCGUUCGGGAUCGGGACGAGCAGGCCGGGACUGCUGGAGCUCAUUCAUAUUGAGUUGCUGUCUAUCGCGCAAGUGAUCACCAGCGAAGAAGAGGAUCUCGAACCCCGCCUGCGAACAACAUCGGCUCCGCGGCGAUCUUACCACGCGGCGGUGAUAUUGGACUAUAUCGCGCGGGAGGGGGGAAAGGUGGUGAGCAUUACCGAUCGAAAGUCGAUGCGGCCUCCCUCAUCCUACCCCAAGCCAGUAGCCCCGGGGGCCCUCAUGAAGACGCCCAAGAAGAGACGUCGCCAACCAUCGCCAGAAGCGCAAGGAAGCCGAGUGGGACCCGGAGAAGAGGUGGACCAGGCUGGGCGGGUGCGGAAGCCAGAUCCCGUUCCAGAGAGCAAGGUGACACCGAUCGAGGGACCUCCACCAGGGGAAGGAGCGGAAACAAGUAGAUUUCGGAUACACGGAAGCCCUCCGAAGCCGACAUCUCAACCGCCGCUCCUUCCCGACCUCAAUCUUGGUGGAGCCGCCCCAUCAGCACCAGCAGGAGGAGGAGGAGUGGGAAGAGUACCAUAUCCCGCACCCAGACCCCCCAUCCUCGCAGGACCUUUCCGCUUCCGCUAGCCACCCAUGCGUGCCCCGGUCAUUGACCUUAGUAGUUCCUCCGAGCCAGACGCUGCAGACGGUCCCGUUCGAUACAGCAUAGCAGACACAAUUCCCAAUUCAAGCACAUCCAAAACCAACAACCUAGUGAGUACUGCAAUCCAAGCAAGAGGAUAUGUCGAGUAUAAAAGCAACCUAAUAUCUAACCCUACUAAAUUACCGGAGCUAACCGAAACUGCACCCACAUGCGAACAGGAUGUGCCGACGAAAACUAGCCAAAUACUAAAUUGAAACAUAUCUAUAUACCUCACAACGCCAUUCCUGCUAGCACCAAGACGCAGAACAAACAUGACAAAAGGUU